AUGGGCGGCGCAACUCUUGUGUGCACGCUGGAGGUGCAGGGCGGCGGGGAGCGCACGCGGCGUACACUCAACGUGGAUCGUGCCCCACGUACACUGCGUGAACUCGCAGAGUUGCUGAAGGCACAAGAUCUACGUCUGCAGUAUGGUGCCUUCGAUCUCUGCGUUGAUCGCAGUGAGGCGGAACAGCAAUCAUCACAAUCACAGUCGAAAUCCGAAUCACAAACACAGCGGAUAUUAUGCGAUAGGGACGUGGUGGAAUUGUUUGCAAAACCACCACCACUUGGGCGGCUUAAGUUCGUCGUCACGUUACCGGAACGCUCAAGCAAAAUUGCGAGUUCCAUGCUCGCAGAUGAUGAACUUGUUCAUUUAUGCAUUUACCACCCAAACAAUCUCAACAGCAAUAACCAGAAAAGCACAGAGACAGGGAAAGGGGGAGUUGUUGGAGUAACUAGUAGUAAUAGUGGUAGUGGUGGUAAAGCCACACGAUCUGUAACGGAGAAACGGUUUAUUACUCCAAAGCGUGGAGUCCGGGAGGCACUUAUGUUUGCCGUGCGAGGCGCUAUUCCACAACCACCGCCGCUUUCCAUGCAGCUGGAAUUAUACGCCUUGGGCACUGAUGAACAUGAUCUGCGUCCCCUCAAUGACGAAAACGCUGUUAACUUGCUACUGCGUUCGUGUUUGGCAGAGCACACGGCAUGUCGUUUGACGUACCGUUUUCCUACUGAUAUCGCAGCGGAGUGUGUUGCACCCGCUGCCGCAUCAAAACCUGUGAAUGUAGACAGGGUUGCUGCAGCUACUAGUUCUUCGGAUCCUACCACGAAAGAGAAUGCGGAAUCAGAUCGAGGAAAUUCUACAAAAGAGGAAGAUGCUACCACAGUUGUUGAUGUAUUUAAUUUUUCCAAACAAGAUUUUGCUACAAGCACUGAUGUAUCAGAUCCUAUUAAGGAUGAACAUACGAUAUCAGAUAGAAUGGAUUCUGUUACAAAAGAGAAUUCAACUGCACCGACUGAAGUGCCUUCUAAUCCUAUUAAGGAUGAACAUACGAUAUCAGAUAGAAUGGAUUCUAUUACAAAAGAGAAUUCAACUGCACCGACUGAAGUGCCUUCUAAUCUUAUUAAGGAUGAACGUACGAUAUCAGAUAGAAUAAAUUCUGUUACAAAAGAGAAUUCAACUGCACCGACUGAAGUGCCUUCUAAUCCUAUUAAGGAUGAACAUACGAUAUCAGAUAGAAUGGAUUCUAUUACAAAAGAGAAUUCAACUGCACCGACUGAAGUGCCUUCUAAUCUUAUUAAGGAUGAACAUACAAUAUCAGAUAGAAUAAAUUCUAUUACAAAAGAGAAUUCAACUGCACCGACUGAAGAACCUUCUAAUCCUGGAAAUACUGAGAACACUGAAGUAGUAAAUGGUUCGGAGGAUAGCGAGGAAGUCCAAUCUCCACAUGGGACAUCUAUUAGCGUCGUACAAGAGGUAACGCUUGUCUCAGAACCACCAGAAUUGGUGGGACGUUCUGUGGUUAUCUCAACAGAGUCAUUUUUGAAAGAAAGAUGUGGUGCCGAUGUGCUUCCUCUCCGUGCAAGUGAUGAGGAAUCACCACAGUUGGAGGAGAAACCACAUCUCACAUCGGAAGAGGUGAAGGAGCCUGAAAAGAUGUUAAAAGAAGAUGAUAUGGGAGCAACAGGUACUAAUUUGAUACCAAUUUCUAAAAUUGAAAUUGAAUGUUCUUUUCAUCAGACAAAUGUUGUUGUUUUCCAAUUUUCAUGGGAGCCAAAUGAACCGAAUCUACUGGAAACACUUCAAACCGCAUGUGCAUGUGCACAUGGAAUCACAUCUUUGGAUGAUGUACAUUUGUACAAUCAUGAAGGAGCACCUCUGCUGAGUGACGAACAGACGUGUGCGAUACUUGAUUCUGUAGUGCAAUCAGGACGUACACGUAUUCGUCUUUUACUUGGUAUAGGUAAUCCAUGUACAACUGGUCUACCGUUACACUGUUAUAUCACUUGGGGUAAAAAAGAAGUAGUGUUGACAUGUGCAGUUCGACCUGAUAAUGCGCUAAAUGACUUACAGAAUGCUAUUUUAGAAGAGUUCGAUCUAACACACAUGUCGGUUGGAGAUCUUAAGUUAUCCUUACGUGACACAACAAGUGAAACGAAUGAAGAGUUAACGGCUUACAAUGCCUAUGUAAAACUAAAAGGCUCUGGGGCUGAUGGAACUGUAUUGCAUGUGGUGGUAUCCAACUCUUAUCCCCAUUCGCGACGUGGUAGUGCUGUACCGACGGUAACGACUGCGGCAAUGUCCUUUGCGGCUGAAGUUGGGGUUGUGGUUGGCGAUCGCGCCCUUGCACGCGAUGUUCUGCCGUUCUUUGAGGAUUGUUUGGACUUUCAGCGUGACGUGGCGCCGUGCGGUGAUGGGGCGCGGGACUUUGUGCGGGUGAUGGUCCUCCUGCUGGCGCCGCUUGGGGGCCGACUGCUGCCGCCGGCCGAGUUGGUGGCCCUCGUGCGGGACACCGCCGCCCUCGCCGCCGCAGAGGAGAAGGAGAAGCAAGAGGACGCCAAGGUGGAUGGAAAAGAAGAAAAGAAGGAAGAAGAAGAAGAACAACAACAACAACAGACAGAAAAGACGGAAGAAGAAAAGAAAGAGGAAGAAAAGAAGAAAAAGGAGAAAGAGGAAGAAAAAGAAGAAAAGGACGGUGAGGCGGCGGCGGUGGAGGCGGUUCUGCGGGCUGCCGUCGUCGCUCGUCUUCUCGCCGCCCGCCGUCCACUCGACGUCCUCGCGCGAUUCUUCCGGCGGGUCUUCCGGUCGCUUCUCCCCGCAGACGGCGGCCGUGCCGUUCCGCUCGCAGUCGUCACGCGGCAACUCGCACUCGCGGGGCUCCCAGACGCGAGAGGACUCCUGCGCCGAGAUCCCACUAUACUCGCAGAGCUGCAGGAGAAGGACUACACAGAGUUACUGCUCCGACUGUAUAACAGCAACGCCGAUGUGAUUUGCCGUGCCGUGGUCGCCUCAAGGCUCUCCGGUACAAGUACCAUCACAAGUCGACGUGUCAUGACAACGAGGGAGGAGGAACUUAUGCGAAAUGGUUUUUUGUAUGAAUUACGUCAUGUAUUUGAUGGUAUACGUACCUCAGAUGUGGCAAAAUUCUUACAAACACAUGAACUCAUCACAGAGCCACGUUUUCAAUCUCUUUUAGGCGUUGUGGGCGAUCUCCUCGCUACUCACCCUGUGCAACAUCCCUACCAUUGGCUGGUAGAUCGUUUUAAAGGAAAAAUGGCAGAUGCCCUUGAUGUAAAACUUCGUACUUUUGAAGACUCCGAGGUAUCAACACCACAACUCUACCGCCUAUGCUGGAAUAUAUUAAAACCAGAACUUCAUCACCUUUCUUUACUAUCCGAAUCUCACGUAGGAAGCGCAUUCGCCUGUUGGGCCUUUUUUGCUGUGCAACUUGUUUGCAUUAAUCGUAAAUUGGAAUUUCCACCAGUACCUUUGGUAGAUUUACAGACUUUUUCCCUUGUAGAAGAGAGUACAACAACAACAACAGCUGUAAACGGAGAAGAAGGAGAACCAACAGAAUUGACAAAAGAACAAAGUAUAAAUGAAAUGACGGAAGCAGAACCGACACCAUCAACACCAGUAGUAGUUCAAAAACCAGCAGCACCGGCUGAACCAGUACCAUGUCCAGCUAAGAAAGUUAAAAUAAAAUAUAAGUACAGUUAUCUCUGCCGAGAUCUUCGUCAAGAUGCUCGUUUAGCUCGCCCUGUAAAGUAG